AUGCUUGUAGUAUUUAUAUGCACUUUAUACUCUUUUAUUCUAUUUAUAUAUAUCCUGAGUUACUGGAAUUUAUUCAUAUUCAUUGAAUUUUCAGCUAAAAUUUUCAUGGACAAGCAAAAGAAGAAGAUUCUCCAGAAAUUGGAGGGAAGCCUUAAAGGAGCAAAAUUCAGAGUUUUAAAUGAAGUCCUGUACAGAAAGAAGGAGAAGAAUAUUGACCCAGAAUUAUUCAAAAAGUAUCAUGAAGGGUACAGGGAACAAGCAGCAAAAUGGCCAUUUAACCCAGUAGACAGAGUCAUAAAGCAGCUAAUAAAUGUAGAUGCAACCCACAUAAUUGCAGACAUGGGGUGCGGUGAUGCAGCAAUUGCAAAAAGAUUCCCAGACAGAAAAAUCCACUCAUUCGACUUAGCAAAACCAGAUGGAAAUAAUUUCAUCACUCAAGCAGACAUAAGGAAUGUACCACUUGACCAAGAAUCCGUUGAUGUAGUGAUUUUCUGUCUCUCUCUCAUGGGAAACAAUGCGAGUGACUAUAUCCAAGAGGCAUACAGGAUACUUAAACCAGGCGGUUUACUGAAAAUAAUUGAAGUAAGAAGUAGAUUGUACAAAAUAGACCAAUUUAUAAGGCCAAUGUCCAUGCACGGAUUCUCCCUUCUAUCAAAGGACCUGGAGAGCAACUUCUUCUGCUUCUUCAACUUCAAAAAGACAUCAAAGAGAGUGAAAACCCUGCCAGAAAUACCCUUCAAGCCGUGCGUAUACAAGAAGAGGUAG